CGUUUCACUCAGAUAGGUUAAGUUGAUAUGGUCACAUAAGUUGAGUGUGUCAGCUAGAAUUUCUAGCGUUAGGAUUCGGGGUAAGUAUGCAGGAUUAAAGCAGCAGUAAUGAUAUAAAUGCCAGAUGAAAUAUUUGGUCAUUAGUGAGAGUUUCAGUAGCUAUUAUGGGGUAUUUGAUCUCUCUCACAUGUCAGAUGUGUGAAAUUAGAGAUUAGAGAGUGAAGUAGCGCAGGGAAUGUGUGGGAUAUUUUUUUUGGUAAAAUCCUGUACUUAGAUCACAUGAUAACAUCUUUAUAACGAAUUACACUCAGCGUGCUAAUGCACGAAGAGACACUCUGAACUGAAGACGCUGCUGACAGAUAGCAAAAUAAUAUGCCUACAUCUGGACAGGCGCGGCGGAAGGACUCGCACAAGAGCGUCAGGUCGCACAGCUCGGACCGCGAGAGGUUCUCCGACGACAGCGCUGAAGAGCGGCACCGCAAAAAACACAAGAAGUCUUCACGAGGAAGAAGCAGGUCGCGCUCCAAGGAAAGAAAGCGUCGGAGUCGGGAGAGACGAAGAUCUCUGUCACACAGCCGCGAGAAGAGAUCGAGGAGCCGCGAAAAGAAGAGACGACCCAAGUCCCGGUCCAGAUCACGAUCCAAACACAAACAGAAGAGUAAAAGUCGCAGCAAAAGCAGAGAGAAGAAAAAGAAAGCUGAGAAGGUGAAGAAGACGAGUCGCAGUGUUUCUUUAAGCCCGGUGGUUUUCAGAGGCAGGAACACAGCCAUGGAUGCACAAGAGGCUCUGGCCAGGAGGUUGGAAAGAGCCAAAAAACUUCAGGAACAGAGAGAGAAAGAGCUGCUGGAGAAGCACCAACUGCAGCAGCAUGAUAUAGCAGCAGCUGCGGCGGUAGCGGCCCCUCUGCUCUGCGACAGCCCCCCGGGUUCGGCCUCCAGCCCGGCCCUCGACGUGGCGGCGCUGCUGGCGUCGGGCACGCAGGUCACGCCCCAGAUCGCCAUGGCGGCCCAGAUGGCGGCGCUGCAGGCCAAGACGCAGGCGGAGACGGGCAUCGCCGUGCCCAGCUACUACAACCCCUCGGCCGUCAACCCGUCCAAGUUCGCCGAGCAGGAGAAGAAGAGGAAGCUGCUGUGGCAGGGCAAGAAGGAAGGAGACAACAAGUCCCAGACCGCCGAACUUUGGGAGAAGCUGAAUUUCGGCAACAAGGACCAAAACGUCAAGUUCCGCAAGCUGAUGGGCAUCAAAGCCGACGAGGUGAAAGCCCCGGGCAACCUGAACGAGGACGGACUGAAGACGCUGCAGCAGCAGGAGGAGAUGUUCCGGAACCUGGACGUCCAGUACGAGAUGGCGCGCUCCCAGACCCACACGCAGAGAGGCAUGGGGCUGGGGUUUUCCUCCUCGUUCUCCUCACGGGGGAUGGACGCCGUCUGAUUCCGCAGCCUCCCUCCCUCCCGGGUCCCGAUUUUAACUCGCCCGUGCGUUACAUUGCAUCAUGUCGGUUUGCAAAUGUAAUUUAUUGGAAUACCAGUUUUGUCUCGGAACAAUCCGGAUCCUGUAAAUACGAGUGACUUGUUUUUUUUUUUUUUUUUAAGGAUGUGCUGGGUCUCUAAAAGUAAAUGCAACGAAGGUGUGACGUGGUGUCGCACAGCUUUAUAAGAGAUUUGGACAUUAAAGACGUUAGGAUGACGUAAACCUGUGGGUUUUUUCUUCCUGACUUAACGUUGUUUAUAUAAAGAAACCGCUGCAUCGAAACGGUCUGGCAGAGAACCACGUGUGCGCCAAGCUGUUGUACCCGCUCACAUUAAAUCUGUCAGGCCAGAA